GGUACAAAGCGGAUGUGUUCACAGUGGGAACCAAAACAUCAGAAAGCCGUAGAGCAGAUGAAACAAGCGCUCACGUCCGCACACGUACUCAUCUUGCCCGACCCCAAACGUGACUACGUCAUUGAAGCUGACGCUAGUGACCAGGCAGUGGGAGCAGUCUUGAUGCAAGACCAGGGGAAUGGACCGCAACCGAUCGCCUACCUCAGCAAAAAAUUGCACGGGGCAGAACUAAAUUACUCGAUACACGACAAAGAAGCCCUUGCUAUUAUCAUCGCCUUCAAAACGUGUUAUCUCGAAGGAUGAAAAGCAACCAUCUACACCGACCACUA